GUGAUGUCACCAUUUUAGGGAAGUAUCAGCCGGGGCUACUGACGAAGCGUUUCAGCAAACGUUGGGAUUUUUUGACUUUGCAUUUUAUCAAAUGCACAAAAGUAAAAACAACAUAAAAUCGGCACUAGUAAUGGUCCAUCGACUGCCCUGCACUCUCAAUGUCGGCGUCGGCCCUAUUGGUCGACGACCAAGUGUGUAAAAAAAAAAAUACUUGUAGUUUCCAAACCAGCCCUCCCACAUUUCUACCACUCUCUCUACUUUCCAUGUGUCGCCCCAGGAGAGAGGAGGUCUUCUCUGCGCCGCUCCCCGCAGACCUCAUCUGCUCCACAGUGAUAGAAAGAAAUGCGUCUUCACCCAGUAUGCAGUGGCUCGACCAGCUGGCUGUUCUCUAGCUUCCUUGUGCGACAGUCUAAUACAACCCCCCCCAAGCCAAGCGCGGGAUAAUCACCCACCGCCGAGGACGACGAGCUACUUAGGGAGACUGAAGGCUUUGCAGUUUUAAUCGGUGAUCCAGAAUGCUGAGUAGAGGAUGAAUCUUCCAGGUCAACGGAGUCAUCCACGUGUCUUCGCCGCUGUCCCUCCUCGACAGCCCUGUCGUCCCCCUGGGGCGCCAUCUGCCUCCCAACGCUCCCCCCUUUGCCCCUGCCCGGGUCCCUCCCCCCUCCGCUGCCCCCAGUAGCGGCCCGUCCCAGAGGGGGAGGUAAGGCGAGCCCGCCUGCCCCUGUAAAUAUGCCUGGAUGGAGGUCUCAGUGGCGUCUCGUCCUGCUGAACUCCUUGACCUGUGGCCUGGAGAUCUGCGUGGCAGCUGGGAUCACGUACGUGCCCCCGCUGCUGCUGGAGGCCGGCGUGGAGGAGCGCUACAUGACCAUGGUUCUAGGUAUCGGUCCAGUGCUCGGCCUCCUGUUCAUCCCUCUGAUCGGCUCAGCCAGUGACCACUGCAACAGCAGCUACGGCAGGAGGCGGCCCUUCAUCUGGCUGCUGUCUCUGGGGGUCCUACUGGCACUGUUCAUCAUUCCCCACGCCGAUGUCCUGGCCGCCCGUUUUGCCUGGGGCGGACGCACCUUUCAGGUGGGCUUCCUCAUCCUCGGGGUGGGACUCCUCGACUUUUGUGGACAAGUGUGCUUCACGCCGCUGGAGGCUCUUUUGUCGGACCUGUACCGGGACGAGGAGGACUGCAGUCAGGCCUUCGCCAUGUUCGCUUUCAUGGUCAGCCUGGGAGGAUGUGUGGGUUACCUGCUACCCGCGCUGGACUGGAGCAGUGGCCUACUCUCCGUUUACCUCGGAGGCCAAGCCGAGUGCCUCUUCACCCUCCUCAUCCUCAUCUUCGUCUCCAGCGUGCUCAUCACCAUGAAGGUGUCAGAAGAGCCCUCGUUCGCCGGCGGUGGCCUGGCGGGCUCCGGGUCUCUAUUGGAGUCUGGCGCCGUCGUAUUGGAGGCCGGCCGGUGCGGCGUGCCGCGCUCCUGCUGCUACCUGCUGAAGUGCAAGCUGCGGCUGCUGAAGUCCGGGCCGCUGCUGUGCCUGCUGAGGACAUGCUGGUCCAUGACUCCGGCCAUCUACCGGAGCUACUGCCACGUGCCGCGGGUGAUGAGGCAGCUGUGCGUGGCGCAGCUCUGCAGCUGGAUGGCCGUCAUGUCCUUCAUGCUCUUCUACACGGACUUUGUGGGGGAAGGCCUGUACGAGGGCGUGCCCAGCGCGCUACCGGGGAGCAUGUCCAAGAAGCGAUACGACGAAGGUAUCCGUAUGGGCAGCCUGGGCCUGUUCCUGCAGUGUGCUACGUCAACCUUCUUCUCCCUGGUCAUGAAUCAUCUGGUCCGGCGCUUCGGCUCCCGCUGGGUCUACCUGAGCAGUAUGGUGAGCUUCACGCUCUCCGCUCUGGUCAUCUGCCUGUCCAAGAGCGUGGUCCUGGUCACCGUGAUGGCAUCUCUCACGGGCUUCGCGUACGCCACACUGCAGACGCUGCCGUACACGCUCACCUGCCACUACCACAAGGAGAAAGAGAUCUAUAUGCCAAAAAGAAAAACCAAAAGCAUACAUAAAAAUGGGAUUACAAGCAAGCGGGACUCUGCGUAUUUGACUCCUGUGGAACAGGAGGGUGGACUGAACCACAAAGCGGGGGUUCCGUACGGACAGGCCUUCCUCGGCCAGGACGGUUACGAGUACUACCCCACGCCAAACGGCCAGAAUGGCUCGUCUCACAGCCCCGGUGGCGCUGAACAGGCGGAGGCGGACCUUGGGUACGAGAAUCGUGGCGUGGGUUUGGACUUUGCCAUCUUGGACAGCACCUUCCUCCUCUCUCAGGUCUUCCCCACCCUCUUCAUGGGCAUGAUCGUCCAGUUCGCACAGUCCGUCACCGCCUACAUCGCCUGCUCCGCCUUCUUCGGCGCCGUCGCCAUCUACCUGGCCAGGCACAUUGUCUUUGACCAGAAGGACCUCAAAUGCUGAGAUUUUUGGUUGUGAAAGACAAUGGAAUCAUAACUAAUCAAAUCAAUCAAUCAUUCAGGUUUCAUGGGUUGAACUCAGCUGUUCCCAGAAUGCCUUUUAAUGGAAGCUAAAGGAAGUGUGCCUGUGACAGUUGCUCAUAACAGAGUAAAAUAUUCUUCGUUACAGCAGGAAUUGUUGCCCGUCAGCUGAAUAGUCAGCUGCCACAGAAAUCUCUCUAAAAACCUUUUUUUUUCCUCAGGUACCGCCAAACAGAUUUACUGUAGAACUCAUCAACCUCCAGUACACAGCCACUAACCUUUUUAAUGUUCUUUUUUGAAUGGUUCUGUCCACAAGUUUUAAAGUCAGUCCAGAGACUGAUCGUCAUCUCACAGAGGCAGCGCCGUGCGUUCCUUCAUAAUUGCAGAACGGAUAGAAGUGGGAUCGUUGGGACUUUUCUAUCCAGGAUGAAAAACACAGUGUUUGAGUCUCUAGAAAAAUCAUACAAGGGUCUCUCACAAGAAACAGAACAGUCAAAAUAUCUAUCGAUCCUGCUGACAUCACUGUGACAUCACUGUGACAUCAUCAGGGUGUUUUUCUCAGGCUGGACUUCACAGGCCUAGAAAUUCUCUCGAAAACAACUAAAGUGACAUGUUAUAUGUAAAAUUGGGGGGAAUAGCCCUUUAAAAAUUCAGCUGGGCCUCAUCUUCAAUGUUUUCACCCACCGGGUGUAAUCUGUUACUGAAAGAACAGUUCAACUGCAGAUAUUUUUGAAUACAAAUUGACUGUACAUCCCUGUGGGAGUUUAGUUAUGCAACCUGUUGAGUUGAGAGGUCAUAUCGACCUUGGUGGUUUCAAGAUUGAAUUUGUUUACCGGAGCUGGAACACUGCAUUAAACAUCCUCUGUCUUAGAUAAUCAAAGCAAAGUCCUCUGAGCGGGACAGUUGUCUCAGGGUAGCACCUUGUUUUUUAGUGUCUGAUCCCGUCGCUGUGCCGCCGCUAAAACACUUUUUUCCCUGCUGCCCAAAACGCUCUUGUUUUGCUGUAUUCUCCAAUGACAAUCUAGAUCCUUAUGGUCUUACUGUGUGUGUGUGUGUGUGUGUGUGUGUGUGUGUGUGUGUGUGUGUGUGUGUGUGUGUGUGUGUGUGUGUGUGUGUGUGUGUGUGUGUGUGUGUGUGUGUGUGUGUGUGUGUGUGUGUGUGUGUGUGUGUGUGUGUGUGUGUGUGUGUGUGUGUGUGUGUGUGUGUGUGGAGUGAUGUCUUCUGAUAGAAGCCCGCUUCAUAGCACCCAUUCCUGAAAAGACCAAAAAAAGAAGAGUCGUGGCCCUGGACAGAGCAGUGAAAUCACAACAACAACAACAACAACAAAGAGAGAAACAAGCUUUCUCCCAAGUCGCUUACUGCCCCUUUAAGUCCCCAACAUGAAGCUGUACGUUAUUCUGCACUGUGGACCUUCAGUUGAGUUUUUUCGGAGGCCAGUCGGUGUAAAACUCUAAAAACUGUUGAGUUCAUCUGAUCCAGGUCGUCAGAUCCGACAACAAGCGGCUGAAGAAUUAGGUUCAGCAGAUGCAAAUAGUCCUGAAGGAUCUCACUGCCUGACGCUCGCUCAGCAGGGGACGAGUAACAGCAGCAGUGGAUUUGUCUUGUCACGUUGACACGACUGCUGAGUCGAAUGCUUGAAUAAAAACUAAUUGCCCCCCCCUAUAUAUAUAUAUAUAUAUAUAUUGCCUAGCAGCAGCUCAAGUGUAAGAGAGAGGUUGUUUUACAAAGUGCCUGUACAUUUUUCACACAUUUUUUUUGUACAUAUGUAUUUAUUUAUUAUGCUUUUAUUACAAACAAAAAGAAAAAUAGCAUGUAUUAAACUAUUGGCCUCUUGUGGCAUCUGUCAUAGGUGCGAGGGUGAAGGCUGUUUCUGUGAAAAAAGAUAAAUUAUUUUGUAUAGAUGUGGUAUAGAAUCAUCCUCAAAGCUAUAAUUUAUUUUAACAUUCACCCUCUUUAAUCCCGUAGCUUUGGUAACGUCGGGGAGCAUUUAUUUUCGCCGGCGUCUGCUGUCGGUGUAUGUAUCAUAUCAGCUGCUGAUAUUUUUCCACAUGUGGUCACAUUUUUUUCUUUUUCAAGAAACCGCGUUGUUUGGUCAAAACUGAAUUCAUCUGGGACUUUUAUAUAUAACCACUUGUCUCCUCUUAGCAGAGAGCUGUUUUAAUUGUUUAACAAAUAAACUCCACAGAUUAUCUCACUGGAUCGGUGGAGUUGUUUGUUUUUUUCCAGUUGCCGUCGCUCCAAACACAAGUAAGAAGUCGACAUAUUGUGUAGUUAAACAAGUUGUUUUUUUGUCAUCAUCAAAAUUACCCUCACUCGUGUUGACUGUCAUAAAUGCAUUCAGCCGUCACAAAAAAAAGUUUUCAUUUUCAUUAUCCAUCACUCUGUAUAAAUAUGCAGUUACCAAAUAGAUUUGUAUACAAAAUAAAAGAACUGCAUUGUAACUGCA